AAGCUCAGAGUGUAUAGGGACAUGUCUGAUUCUCACAUUCCUAGAUUCUAGUUUUGGCUUCGGUCACAUCAAGGUGUUUGAUUUGCGUUGAGCAGGUUUCGACUUAACGCUAAGAUUUGGCUAACUUCUAGACAUAAAGAAAAUGGGUUGGACUCUAACGAAAUCCAGUGCUGAUAGAUGGGCCCUUAUGUACGGUGUCAUUACGGUUCUUCUCGUCGUGUGCGCCAGCCUUCCAUCAUUGUGGCAUCACGUGAAGUCUGGAUGGGACGACAUUGGAAUGCGGAUGCAACAUUUAUGGGAACAAACUCUCGAUUGGAUUGGAGAUGACGGUUUCAAGCUCUACGUUUACGGGAUGAACGGUUGGAACAUUGUCCUGUACUGGACGGUCGGAUUGGCUCUUUUAUUCUUGGAAAUGUCCGCCUGGCCCAAAUGGCUCAUUCGUUACAAAAUCCAACCAACUGUUACCGUUGACAAGAAACGUCUCACAUCGCUAAUUGCGUUGAACUUGUUCAAUCAAUUCUUCGUGGCCAUUCCGUUCACCAUCGUUGGUUAUUACGUCCUGAAAUUCCAAGGAACUUCACCACCAAUCCGAGAAUUGCCGACAUUAAUGCGAUUGGUGGUCAGUUUAGCCAUUUUCGUUGUCAUCCAAGAAAUCGUAGCUUAUUACGCUCACAGAAUGUUUCAUCACCGACUGCUGUACAAGUGGACACACAAGGUGCACCACGAAUGGACGGCUCCAAUCGCCCUAACCGCCUAUUACAAUCACCCGUUAGACCAUCUGAUUGUGAACAUUUUACCAUCUACUGUGGGCCUUUCUUUCACGAACGCCCACUUUUUCACCUCUUGGAUUUGGUUAACAUGGGCGACUUUAAGGGCUCUGUCAGAUCACAGCGGCUACAAUGUGUUCAAAUUUCUACUUCCGAGACGUCACGAUUUCCAUCAUCACAAAUUCACAGAUUGUUUCGGGGUUUGGGGUCCCCUCGAUUACCUGCACGAUACCGAAAAGCUCUUCCAAGCGAAUUUAGCUUCAUUGAAAGCCAAGAAAAAAAACAAAGCAAUAGUUUCUUCAAAUUAAUUUGUAACCUAUUGUUAAAUGUACAACUCGGACGCCAUAAAUGUUAAAAUCCCA